AUGGUUACUGGAUGGGUGCACUAUUUCUUGUCCUCCUUGAGAGUGACCUUUAGCAUAGGGUGGAAGGCCACGAACACGGAAAGCGAGGGCCACAGAGCCACGGGUAUUGUAGAAAGAAAGCAGCUCAGGAAUCCACGCCCCCCAAGUGCGCGGGCCUCUCGUGAAGCUGAGAGCAGACCUUUAGAAGAAGAGAAGAGCACGCCCAGCGGUCCCCUCGCUCCUGGCAGCGCCGCCAACCCUUGGAUUCUCGCGCCCAGCCGGUUUCCUAGGAGUCGCCAUGGCAACGGACGCUGGCUUCUGGAUUCUGACUCCUUCCAGCCCAAAUCUCCACUGGAGGUGCAUGGCCGCGAGGCCAUUUCCGGGGCUCCGAUGGAGACCUUGGACGACGAGCUCCAGAGAGAGGAGUGCCCGAAGAUCCUCGAGCAUCUCGAGUCCGCUAUUGAACAAUUCCAGACCUGCCCCAGACUUAACAUUUCAGAUGAUUUGAAAGUUGGCUUUUUCAGCACAGACCAUGCUACUCAAACGGAAUCCAGUGAAAUUUUGCCAUUAAAAGAUUUGAGCUCAUCUACAGGAAAGCUAGUGCAGAUUAUUAAAUCCCUUCAGGUUGAUUUUGGGUUCCUUAAACAAUUGCUUCAAUUGAAGUUUGAGGACCGUCUUAAAGAAGAGUCUUUCAAUCUGUUCACUGCUCUAUAUGACAGGAUCCUAACAAUCGAAAAACAUUAUCAACAGAAUGAGGAUAACAUAAGAAAAUGCUAUAAUCAGCAGUUGGCCGAUGCCAUAGCUGUCAUCAGAGGAAUGUACAAGAAAUUCUUUGUGGUGGAAGAAGAGAUGGCUUCCGGGCAGGAAUCACCUACUGUCAAAAUAAAUAUGUUGAUAAGAAAACUGAAGGGGAAAGAAGAGGUGAUUAAGGAAUUAAGAGAAGAAUUAGAACACUAUGAAGAAUUUGGAUUUCAAAAAUUUGACUAUUUGGCUGAAGAGAGCAGCCCUGCAAAAUCAAUUCCAGAAAGGGAAACUUUGGAGUACAAACUAGAAAAUGAGAGACUGCUUCAAAUCAUUUCAGAACUUGAAGAGGAAAUCCAACUCAAUCUAGCAGAAAAUGCAGUAUUAGAAUAUGAAAUUAUAAGUUUGAAAGAGAUGGCAGAAAAGAAUCAUAAAAUCAUUCAAAAGUUAACUGAGGGUAGAGACAAAUUACGGCUUGAGCUUGAAACUGAAAAAUCAUUAGUUCAAGAAAUGGUUAAUAAGCAUAAAGAGGAAAUGGAAAUGAGAAAAAAGUUUGACAGUGUAAGUAAGCAGAGCCCAAAACCAGCCAAGGGGAAAGAGGAUACUUUGAUGCCGUGGCCCCCACAACCUGGGACUCUAUCCAGGACUGGAAUGGCUUCGAGGCAACAUUCUAUAUCCAUCAGUACAGCGUCUCUUAAGACCAAAAGAGAGAAGACUCCAGGAAAGUCUUUAAAGCAAGAGCUCCCUGUGAUUGAAGACAUACGUGUUUUGGAGCAGCAAAUAGAAACAUUAAAGAUUAAGUUAGAGAAUGAGAAAAAGAAAAGAGAAAGGUCUAGGAAGGAAUCAGAAUGGAUAAGCAAAAACUGGGAGAGGAAAUUCCUUAUUCUCAAGAACAGCUUUCAUGUCCUUAAGAAUGAGAUGUUUAUGAGGCACACAUUGUAUCGUCAGUUUGCAGUGCUUGCUGACACAUCUUUCAAUUAUAAUAAACUAAAACCUUUAUUUGUGCAGUCUAAAAUGAACUUAGUAACAGAUUUGGCAUCUUCUGGAAGUAACAGUCAUACAUCUUCGAUAGACAACAAUCAGAUUUCCUUUCUGCCUUCAGCAAAAGUGAGGUUGUCAAGAACCCUGAAACAAGAAGGGUCUUUGAAGAAGCCAUCCAUAACCCACAACAGCUCAGUGAGCCAUACAGAUGCUGCUAGACAGCCCGCCACCAGCAAGCAGAGCGCCCGCGCCUCUCCAAAGCGAAGUCAGCGCAACAGGUUGUUUGGAACAGGUGCCUACUGCCCAGAGAAGGGAUUGGCGCGAAGCUGCGGGGAUCAGCCAAGCGCCAAGACUCCCCGGAGAAACAAGGGUAGAUUCCCCAGUGGCCCGAAAGCGGCCGUCCGAGGGCUUCCCGCCGGACCAGAGGGCGUAGUUGCCCCAGGCCUCCCCAAAGGAAGCCUUGGGUCUCAUCUCUUGCCCUCGUUCAGACCGUUCUCCCCUCUCUCUGAUCGCCGCUUCCAGGAGCCCCUCUUGGAGACUUCCAUGCGCAAAGAUAGCAGAACUGCGGAGAGCCCGGCGCCCAGCAGCCACUUCCAGCUUCCAGGGAAGACAGACAGCACCCGAGCCCCGACUGCCCUGGGAGCAGGGGUGAGGCGGGCCUCCGGGGAUACUCAUCCGACUCCACCCCGGCUCUUCGGAACCCUGGGAACGUGGAGCAUCGGGCGGGGCGCAUGCGCGCCUCCGGCCGGGGUCCCUCCCCAGCCCGCCGAGUUUGGGGAAAGUUUGGCGAGGUUUGUCUUAGCAGCGGCGGACGUCCCAAAGGUCAGGCUGCACUGA